CGACUUUUGGGAACAAUUAUGAAUAAUUGAUAAAAGCCUAGAAACGCAUCAAUCAUAAAAACCAAAAAUCAAAAGACAUAAAAAGAUAAAAAAAUGUUUAGCUUUCACGCUUUCGUGGCAUUUCUUUUGUUAUGCAAAGCCUGGGCCCAGGAUCGCAAUUUCAUUUUGGAGACUAUCGAUUUUUUAAUACGCGGUCAAAACGAUGUGAAUUUAGAGAAUCAUGAUAACGUUAUUAGUAUGGAUGGCGAAUAUGAUUUCAUUAUUGUGGGGGCGGGCACAGCAGGUUGCACUUUGGCGGCUCGUCUCUCGGAAAAUCCUAAAUGGAAGGUUUUAUUAUUAGAAGCGGGAGGACCGGAACGUUUAAUUAUGGAUAUACCCAUAGUGGCACAUUUCCUGCAAUUGGGUGAAAUGAAUUGGAAGUAUCGUACCCAACCUUCCCAACAAGCUUGCUUAGCUAUGAACAAUAAUCGGUGUAACUGGCCACGUGGAAAAGUAAUGGGCGGCUCUUCUGUCCUCAACUAUAUGAUAUACACUCGCGGUAAUCGUCGCGAUUAUGACCGUUGGGCUGAGAUGGGCAACGAAGGAUGGAGUUUUAUGGAUGUAUUACCAUAUUUUAAGAAGUACGAAGGCUCCACCGUACCCGAUGCCGAGCCUGAAUACGUAGGUCGAAAUGGCCCUGUAAAAGUAUCUUACGUAAACUGGCGUUCAAAAAUUGCCGAUGCCUUUGUAGAAGCCGCUCAGCAAGACGGUCUUAAGUAUCGAGAUUAUAAUGGCGAAAUUCAAACAGGUGUCUCUUAUUUGCAUACCACCACUUUUAAUGCCACACGCUGGAGUUCAAAUCGUGCCUAUUUAUACCCAAUCAAAGGCAAACGUCCAAAUUUGCAUGUUAAGAAAAAUGCUCUAGUUACUAAAGUGCUUAUAGCGCCUGAAACAAAAACUGCUUACGGCGUUGAAAUACAAGCUGAUGGCAAACGUUACAAAAUUCUGACUCGUCGUGAGGUCAUAUUAUCGGCCGGAGCCAUUAAUACCCCGCAGUUACUAAUGUUAUCGGGAGUGGGCCCGGCUAAACAUUUAAAAGAAAUGAAUAUCAAGCCUUUGGCUGAUUUGGCAGUGGGUUAUAAUCUUCAAGAUCACACUGCUGCGCCUAUUACUUUUACCACAAAUAUGACUUCUUUACAUUUUGAAGACUUUGCUGAACCGACCUUAAUGAAUCGUUUUAAUCGAAAUGAAGGCCCAUACGGCUCUCCAGGUGGAUGCGAAACUAUAGGUUUUUGGAAACUUGAACACCCUGACGCUGACGACGAUUUCCCCGAUAUUGAGAUAUUUAUGGUAGGGGGUUCUAUGGCCUCUAAUCCAGCCAUUUCUCGUGCGUUUGGAUUAAAAAAAUCAAUAUACGACAGUAUGUUUGCCGAAAUUGAAGAUCAACGUAUGAAUGCCUUCAUGUUGUUCCCAAUGAUCUUAAGGCCGAAAAGCCGAGGUCGUGUUAUGCUUAAAUCAACAGAUCCUUUUAAAUAUCCUUUAAUCUAUGCCAAUUAUUUUGCUCAUCCAUAUGAUGUCGAUAUAUCAGUGAAAGGAUUACUGAAAGCCAUUAGCUUAAUGGAUCUGGCAAGCUUUAAAAAAAUUAAUGGUAAAUUAUGGGAUCGCAUAAUACCCACUUGCAGCAACUAUCCGUACAAGUCACAUGAAUAUUGGGAAUGUUAUGUUAAACAUUUUACGGUAACCAUUUAUCAUUAUUCGGGUACUGCUAAAAUGGGUCCGAAAACAGAUCGUAGCGCAGUAGUAGACUCACGAUUGAACGUAUUUGGUAUACGCAACUUAAGGGUGGUCGAUGCCAGCAUAAUACCAGAAAUAAUGUCGGGUCAUCCAAAUGGACCUGUUUUUAUGAUAGCUGAAAAAGCUGCCGAUAUGAUUAAACAGGAUUAUGGUUUCAUUUAGGAAAAUCAUACAAUAUAAAGGCAAAAACCUAUCCGAUUGAAAAACUCUUGAAGU